AUGCGCAGGCCCAGACAGGUUGCACCUGCAGGCUGGACAAUGUGUGAAUGCGAGGCGGACAAGGAAUGGGUUCUGUGCGAUCGCGUUGAAGCGAUGGCGGCGGAAAUGGCUGAGAACUUACAAAAGCACCUCAGAACCCAGAAGGAGCUGGUGGAGGACACGGAUGCAAGCUGCAGCCAGGGUCCUGCAAACAAUGCCGCGCCAGAUGUUCCCAUGAAGAAGGCAACGGGGAGUUGCGCGGAGAUGCAAUUCGAAGCAGAGGAUGCCCAAGAUGCCCAUGACCCAAACGAAACGCCAGAGAAUGCCUCCGAAGAAGAGGCCGAGACGCUUCCAACGAAGCGGUCUGACGCAAAAGGGGCGAAGGAAGAUCCUCGCGCCGACAAGAAGACCCGUGCUGAGAGGAAGGCUGCCUGGAGAGCGGCCCAAAAGGCUUUGGAGGGUCAGGGCGAUGAUGGGCAAGAGAAGGGCAAGGAGGUGGAGGAAAACCUGCAUGGCAAAGCGCGUGGUAAGGCACGGCGAAGCCGCAGGGACCAGUAA